UUGCUUCUACACCUUUUCCUUCAUCUUGCCAUCUAGCGGGGAUUUGCAUCUUGAUCAAGUUCAUUUACUAUCGUCUCGGACACUAACCCCACAAGACAGUUUCAGCAAUGGGUGGUGGCGAUCUUAACAUGAAAAAGUCCUGGCACCCGGUGCUCUUGGUCAAUCAGGAGCGCGUCUGGAAAGCCGAAAAAGUUGCGAAUGAAGAGAAGAAAAUGCUCGCGCAAUUGCGCAAAGAGCGUGAAGAGGAGCGACAACUUGAAGAACUGCAUCGUCUCCAGGAAGCUUCGACUGGCAAGAAAAGGGUUGAAAAGCUCGAUUGGAUGUAUGCUGCUCCAAGCACAGAGGGUGGAGCCCUUGGGGGAGCUAGAAUUGGCGAGAGAGAUAUGGAGGAAUACUUGUUGGGGAAAAAGAGAGUUGAUGAAGUGUUGGGGCAAGGUGACAAGAAUAUUGGAGCGGCUAGCAGAGAAUUUAUAGCCCUUCAGAAUGCCAACACGGCGCGAGACACAGCGGCGAAAAUCAGAGAAGAUCCUCUGCUAGCCAUCAAAAAACAGGAACAAGCUGCUCUGGCAGCCCUGAUGAACCGGCCUGAUAUCAGGAAGCAACUUAGGGCAGCCAAAAAGGCCAAAGAAACAAAGGGGCGGGAAGGAGAAUCUAAGGAAGAACGAAAAGCCAGGAAGAGAGCAGAAAAAGAAGAGCGGCGAAAGUCGAAACAUCGGUACCACGACUCCCGUUCACCCCCCUCCGAUUAUUACGACGAUCGUGAUCAUAGACGUCAUCGUGACUCUUACGAUUCUCAAGACCGAGAGAAUCGCCGGACUUACCGAGAUCGCUCAGACCGUUCACGGACUCGGUCUGAAUCACCCAAAAGGGAGAAAAAGGAAAAGGACUAUUCCAAUAGAGACAGAGAUUAUCGAAGAAGAAAUGACACAACGAGGGGGUCUUUCGAUGAGAGCCCUAGAAAGGGUGGAGGAAACCGGUGGGGGUCCCAUGGACCCGAUGGAUACAGGAGGAGUGAUCAUCGCGAUGACGGUUUCCGCGAACGACAGCGAGGUGACCGCAUUCCUCCUCCCCGACAUCUUUCUUAUAAUCAUUCAACUCCUGAUGUUCGGCCAUCAUCGCCACCUUCGUCUUCUGCUGCCCCUGUAAACCGCAACACAAGUACUCUCGAAGAUCAGCGCGCCGCUCGAUUGGCUGCUAUGUCUGCCUCUGCUGACGAACUCUACUCCAGCCGAUCCAAAUCACUUGCUGCACGUGCUGAAGAGGAGCGCCGAGAGCAAGAGAAGGAUGAAAAAAUGAGGCAGAAAUAUGGCAAAGAACAAGCUAGUGCAAACUUUUUCAGUCAACAAAGCCAAUUGGGAUUGGGUGAAGCCUUGCAGAGAAGGGGAGGCAAGGGCUUGUUAAAAGAUAUUUAGCAUAUUUAUAUCGGUGAUGAAAUAGGCAUGUACGAUUUUAUUUAGAUGUAACAGCAUUAGGAC